UUCAGACCCCCGGCCAGCAGGGGGCAGCGUAGCUACGGUCGCCGGUAGCACCGGCUUGCUCUCUUCGUGGUGUUCCUUUUUUCUUGAGUCCCCCAAGCCACAUCCGGGACACGCGGAACUUUGGUGCAGCCGGAUGCCGCGAGCUGAGACGCCGGCGUGGAAGGCGGCAGGCGGUGUUUCCGGCAGUGUUAGUGGUUGGUACUGAAGCGCCGGGGCCAGGGGAAAAUGGAGACAAUUUUAGAGCAGCAACGGCGCUAUCAUGAAGAGAAGGAACGGCUUAUGGAUGUGAUGGCCAAAGAGAUGCUUACGAAGAAAUCCACGCUUCGGGACCAGAUCAAUUCUGAUCACCGCACUCGGGCCAUGCAAGAUAGGUACAUGGAGGUCAGUGGGAACCUGAGGGAUUUGUAUGAUGAUAAAGACGGACUACGGAAGGAGGAGCUCAAUGCUAUCUCAGGACCCAACGAGUUUGCUGAAUUCUAUAACAGACUCAAGCAGAUAAAGGAAUUCCAUCGGAAGCACCCAAAUGAGAUCUGUGUGCCAAUGUCAGUGGAAUUCGAGGAGCUACUGAAGGCUCGAGAGAAUCCAAGUGAAGAGGCACAAAGAUUUGCUUCCUCGUUUCAGAAGCUGGAUUACAUCACAUACCUGUCCAUCUUUGACCAGCUAUUUGACAUUCCUAAAGAAAGGAAGAACGCAGAGUACAAGAGAUACCUGGAGAUGCUGCUGGAGUACCUACAGGAUUACACAGAUAGAGUGAAGCCCCUUCAGGAUCAGAAUGAGCUCUUUGGGAAGAUUCAGACUGACUUUGAGAAGAAGUGGGAUAAUGGCACCUUUCCUGGAUGGCCGAAAGAGACAAGCAGCGCCCUGACUCACGCGGGAGCCCAUCUCGACCUCUCCGCAUUCUCCUCCUGGGAGGAGUUGGCAUCCCUGGGUCUGGACAGGUUGAAAUCUGCACUGUUGGCUUUGGGCCUGAAGUGUGGUGGGACCCUAGAAGAGCGAGCUCAGAGGCUCUUCAGCACCAAAGGAAAGUCUUUGGAGUCACUCGACACCUCUCUGUUUGCCAAAAAUCCCAAGUCAAAGGGCACAAAAAGAGACACCGAGAGGAACAAAGACAUUGCUUUCCUGGAAGCCCAGAUCUAUGAAUAUGUGGAGAUUCUCGGGGAACAGCGACAGCUCACUCAUGAAAAUGUACAGCGCAAGCAAGCCAGGACAGGUGAGGAGCGGGAGGAGGAGGAGGAGGAGCAGAUCAGUGAGAGCGAAAGUGAGGACGAAGAGAAUGAGAUCAUUUACAACCCCAAGAACCUGCCACUGGGCUGGGACGGCAAGCCCAUCCCCUACUGGCUGUACAAGCUCCACGGCCUGAAUAUUAACUACAACUGUGAGAUCUGUGGGAACUACACCUACCGAGGGCCCAAGGCCUUCCAGCGGCACUUUGCGGAGUGGCGUCAUGCUCAUGGCAUGAGGUGUUUGGGGAUCCCAAACACUGCCCACUUUGCAAAUGUGACACAGAUCGAAGAUGCUGUCUCCUUGUGGGCCAAGCUGAAACUGCAAAAGGCUUCAGAGCGGUGGCAGCCUGACACCGAGGAAGAGUAUGAAGACUCCAGUGGAAAUGUUGUGAACAAGAAGACAUAUGAGGAUCUGAAAAGACAAGGGCUGCUCUAGUGCUUGGCCAUGCCUGGGCUUCCCUGAGAAGCCUGAGAAAAGUUUUCCCAACCAAAUGUUCUUAAAGACUUUUUUGCUAUGUAGUACCUACCUUGUAGAAACCUUGCAGAUUGCAGAGUUGAGAUGUGUUUUAUCUUUGUUUUAUAUUAAAAAGAUCUGUGGGAAAAUAAAA